AUGUUGUGCGUUCGCAGCAUACGCCCGUUUGUUGUGCGAAACAUUCGAGUACUCAGGUAUAGCAGCAUUGAAAAUCCGGCAUCUGAAAAGCCGUCUACUGAGGUUGAGACUGAUGAGUUCCAUGCUCAAUCGACAGAGCAUCGAGACAAGUUGAUCUUUGACUCGAUUCUUGAUUCAGUGCUCAUGCGGGCCGAAAAUCAGUCGGCCAAGCGCAAACCCCAUUCUGUGACAUCAACUGUGCAAGCUCUUUUCGAUAACCCCCAGGAGGAUCCACUGGAUAGGGCUUAUGGGUCGAUUUUGGACAAACGCACUCGUGAUUUGGAGACCUUCGCGCACGACACACCGUCGGAUGCGAUUUUGAAAAAUGUUCAGCCAGUUCUGGAACACAUUUCAAGUUUGAAAACAAACAAAGACGUCGUAUACUACCAUCAAUCGGCGGUGAUACGCAGUUUUGAGACGGUAACCCCCGUGCAGGGACAAGUAGUUGUGGACAAGACGAAUGCUGCGUACAUCACAAAGCACAUUAUGGCCGUUCUCAUAGACGAAUUUAAGGAUCCGGUUGGGGCAUUGCAUAUAUUCAACAGCAUCAAGGCGAAAUCAAAUGACUAUUUCAUCGCCGCAUGCUCAGCUGACGUUUACAACCGGAUCAUCGCUCUCAGAUGGCAGUACUAUCGAGAUAUUCAGUCGGUGGUCAGUCUGAUGAAUGAGAUGUUUAUUAACGCAGUGCAAGGCAACAAUGAAACAGUCGAUUUGUUGGGGGUUAUCACUCGACAGGCCAUCGAGAGCUCUCAGAAUAUUCCAUUGGCCGAGUCUUUGCCUCUUUGGAGUACUAAAGACGACAAACUUGUCAAGACACUCAAUUCCUACAGAGUUAAACUAAUGUCUUCUUUGGCAGGCCGGAGAGAUUUCGCUCUCGCCAACCUGCAAAACUGA